AUGCUGUUACGAUUGCUCCCGUGCCUCUGGCUAUGGAUGUUAGGGCUAGGCCUGGGUUUGGGCCAUACCUCCGAAGAUCCUAAUGACUUCGAAAAUCAUCCUGAUGUUAAACGAGUUCCUAUGAAAGCAUACACUCUUACUCAGCCAUACUUAGACUCCGAUUCGGAUAAUCGUUGGUUCGAUUUUGGAGGUGAUACUGUUGUUCGUGCUGAUCAAUACAUCCGUCUCACCCCAGCUCUCCAAUCGCGGCAAGGUUGGCUAUUUUCGCGCGUACCCCUAACUGCAACUAAUUGGCAGAUCGAACUCGAAUUCAAUAUCCAUAGCGAAGGAAACCUUCAUGGAGAUGGCAUGGCGCUAUGGCUCACUAAGCAACGCGCGACGAAAGGUCCUGUCUUCGGAUCCACGGAUAAAUUUCAGGGUCUGGGCAUCUUCUUCGACAUGUAUAAGAAUAGCCGGGCGUCUGUGACGUUCCCGUAUGUUAUGGCAAUGAUAGGUGAUGGGAAUACGGCAUAUGAUCAGGCUCAUGACGGAAAGGCAAAUGAAAUUGCCGGUUGCUCGGCCCGAGGCCUUCGUGGCGCCUCAAUCCCCACCAAAGCCCGCUUAACCUACUUCCAAGACAAUUACCUCUCCCUCGACCUCCAAUACAAAUCCGACUACUCUUGGACCCCCUGCUUCACCAUCAAAGCCUCCGACGAACAACACAUCAAUAUCCCCACAGUUGCCUACCUAGGUCUCUCCGCCGAAACGGGUGAACUGAGCGAUAAUCAUGACAUCAUCGCUAUUAAUACGUACUCGCUUUAUAGCCAGGUGCCCGCGAACCAGCGGGCCGAUGCUGUGGGGAAGAAGAAGGAGAAGGUAUUGUCCGAGACGGGGAAGGGGCCGGCAUAUUAUAGGCAGCAUGAUGGGAGUGGUAGUGCUGGUCGUGAUCGUGGUCGUGGUGGGUGGUUGUGGUUUUUGUUUAAGGUUGUUUUGUUCCUGGCUCUUGUUGUUGCUGUGUAUGUUGGAUUCACGGCGUAUAGGGCCAGUCAAAAGCGAAGGUUUUGA